AUGAUAAUACAUCAUGAAAAAAUUGGAGGAGUGGGUAAAACGGUUGAAAUCGAUGAGUCCAAAUUUGGAAAACGCAAAUACCAUAGAGGACAUGCAGUUGAGGGUCAGUGGAUAUUUGGUGGUAUACAAAGAGAUAAUGGAGCGUGUUUUCUAAUUCCCGUCGAAAAGUGGGAUAAGGAAACAUUGCUAGCUAUAAUUAAACAGUGGGUGCUGCCUGGAACGCAGAUAAUAAGCGAUUGUUGGAAAAGUUACGACUGUUUGAAUGAUGAAGGCUUCAUACAUUUUAAAGUUAAUCAUUCAGUGAACUUUAAAGACCCAAAUACAGGCGCCCACACCAACACCGUCGAAGGAAUGUGGAGACAUGCAAAAGCUUUGCUGUCUCAAUACUCAAGGAAAAAACAUUUCUAUGGCGGCUACAUGGCCGAAUUUAUGUUUUUAAAAAAAUGCCGUAUACUAAAUCUAGACCCUAUUAUUGAAUUUUUCCGUUUAGCUGGUAAUUUAUACGAUCCAAAUAAAUAUAACAACGAUGGUUUGGACGUUUCUGAGGACGACGAUACUGAUAUAAUAUAA